ACGGGUGGGCCGGCGCGGGGCGCGGGCGGAGCGGGAGGCUGCCCGGCCGCUGCCUCCUCUCAUGCCUUCACGGCAACAAAGGGCGCGCUGAGCGGCGGACGCAGGCGCCGGGCUGCCGGUUGCGCUGCCAGCGCGGUGGGCGCCGGGAGACGAUGGCGAGGAAGGGGGAAGCCUCCGCGCCUCCCUACGGUGAACCAAGGAAAUUUGACCCAAAGUUCAGAGGACCUAUUCAUAACAGGCAUUGUACAGACAUUAUUUGCUGUGUAAUCUUCAUAGUCGUCAUUCUGGGUUACAUUGCAUUAGGAAUUGUGGCUUGGGUGCACGGGGAUCCUAGGAAAGUGAUUUAUCCAACUGACAGCUAUGGGCAGUUCUGUGGUCAGAAAGACACCUUCAAUGAGAACAAGACCAUUCUGUUUUACUUUAACAUUCUGAAAUGUGCCAGCCCAGUAGUGUUAAUAAACCUACAGUGCCCUACAACACAGCUUUGUGUCUCAAAGUGCCCAGACAGGUUUGCAACCUAUAUUGAUGUUCAGGCUUCCUACAGAUAUAAACCAGAUCAGUGGAAUUACUUCAAGCAGUUCUGCAAGCCUGGUUUUAACAAUCCUCGCAAGUCUGUUGCUCAAGUUCUACGGGAUGAAGAUUGUCCUUCGAUGAUCAUUCCAAGCAGGCCUUUUCUUAAGAGAUGCUUCCCAGACUUCUCAACAAAGAAUGGUGUGCUAACUGUGGCAAAUCAGACUACGUUCAGAGAUGGAAGAGGGAAAACAAGAAAUGUAACUGAUCUCAGGGAAGCUGCAAACGGCAUCAAUAAUGUCUUGGAUGCACGAUCAGUUGGAAUGAAAAUUUUUGAAGACUAUGCCAUUUCUUGGUAUUGGAUACUAAUUGGGUUGUUCAUUGCAAUGAUUGUGAGUCUGCUCUUCCUUGUGCUGUUGAGGUUCACAGCUGGGGUUCUCUUCUGGAUUUUCAUCUUUGGCGUGAUUGGAAUUAUAGGUUAUGGCAUCUGGCAUUGUUACUGGGAGUAUGAUCAUCUCAAAGGCAUACCUGGAUCUGACCUCACUGUUUAUGAUAUCGGAUUCCAGACAGACUUCAGAGUGUACCUACAAUUGAGGCAAACAUGGCUAGCAUUUAUGAUAAUACUUUGUGUUGUUGAGGUCAUAAUAAUACUGAUGCUGAUCUUCCUAAGGAAUAGGAUUCGGAUUGCUAUUGCACUGUUGAAGGAAGGUAGUAGGGCUAUUGGCUAUAUAAUGUCUACAUUGUUCUACCCAAUUGUCACCUUCAUACUCAUUGCAAUUUGCAUUUCCUACUGGGCUGUGACAGCUGUUUUUUUAGCUACAUCAGGAGAACCUGUGUAUAAAGUAAUGGCUAAUCAAACACUGUGCAAGUAUGCAAACCUGACUUGUGACCCAGAGACUUUUAACACAACCAAUGUUACCAAAUUAUGUCCAGGUGCUCAGUGUACUUUUGCAUUUUAUGGAGGAGAAAGUCUGUACCAUAAGUACAUCUUCAUCUUUCAGUUAGCCAAUGCCUUUGUUUUUCUCUGGCUGGUAAACUUUGCAAUUGCACUGGGUCAGUGUACCCUUGCUGGUGCCUUUGCCUCUUAUUACUGGGCCUCUCGAAAACCAGCUGAUAUUCCACUGUGGCCACUCUUCUCUUCCUUUGGACGGGCAAUACGGUACCAUACAGGUUCACUGGCAUUUGGAGCUUUAAUUCUUGCAAUUGUCCAGCUUAUUAGAGUAAUACUGGAAUACUUGGAUCACAAACUGAAAGGUACACAGAACUCCUUCACUAGAUUUCUACUCUGCUGCCUCAAAUGCUGUUUCUGGUGUUUGGAAAAAUUCUUAAAAUUUAUAAACAGAAAUGCCUACAUCAUGAUUGCUAUAUAUGGUAAAAACUUCUGCACCUCAGCAAAGGAGGCAUUCUUUCUGCUCAUGCGAAAUGUGGUGAGAGUCGCAGUUCUGGACAAAGUUACAGACUUUCUUUUAUUCCUGGGGAAAAUUCUCGUUGCUGGUGGUGUAGGUGUUCUUGCGUUCUUUUUCUUCACACAGAGAAUACCAAUCUUUGCACAGGAAGCACCAGCAUUAAAUUACUACUGGGUACCAUUGUUGACUGUCAUUAUUGGCUCCUACCUAGUUGCACAUGGGUUCUUCAGCGUCUAUGCAAUGUGUGUCGAUACACUUUUCCUCUGCUUUUGUGAAGACCUGGAGAGAAAUGAUGGAUCUACAGCAAAACCCUACUUCAUGUCAGCUAGCCUUCACCGAAUUCUAGGGAAGAAGGAACUGAGCCCUAAGAAGGCAGUAGGAUAACAUACAGUAAACCUCAACAUCAAAACAGUAUCAAUUUUAAUCAAAAUGUGUAUAAAAGGCACAAGUAAAAACAGUACAUGAUGCUUCUGGUUAAUGGGUGAUUCUUUUUUCCUUUUGCUUACAUCUAAAAAAAAUCAGCAACAUUGGUAAUGUUUAACUAAUUUAAACACUUAAGCUUGUGAAACAAGGCCACGUUUUAGUUUAUAGAGUGCCUAUGAAAAGGAAAAUGUAAAUUUGAAGCUUUUCUAAGUCUAUAAUAAUGUUUUAAUAACUUUUGUAACACAAGUUGCUGCCUUAGAUGACAGCAGUUUUGAUAAGAUUUCUUUUUAUAAGUGUAUAUUUGUAAAAGAUAUUCAGGCAAUUUUUUGAAAGCACUACAAUGUAACCUAAUUAGCCAUAAAGAGAUAGUUUGAGAUUCUCUGGUUAACCAGGAGAUGCUACUAAAUUUGUAAAUAUGGUGCUAUGAUUGUAUUUUUUUUGUACAUGCUGGUUUUCAGCUAUUUAAACUGUGAUUAUACAUGCAUUAAUGAUUCCCUACACUGAAAUAUGUAGUAAUAUUUUAAUCAUAUCCACGACUAUUUUAAGAAAUGAUAGUAUUAUGUAGUCCCACAGAAGGAAAUUGGAGAAGACUACAGUUGGUACUGGUUUAAGUGAAGUUUUCUAUGAGUAGUGCUUAAAAGAUGAUCUAAUUGAGAAAUGGUCCUUUAGCGCUUAAAAAAAAGUGAAUUGUGGUUCACAGAAAAGGGGUUUCAUCUGGUCCCAGAUGCUGAAUGUAUCAUUUCUAGCUAACGUGUAAGAGGGAGGUGCUUGUACUAUCCCCUAUCUUUAAUCAAACUCUGAUUAUGUUCUACAUUAUGUAGACACUGAGCUGCACUGAAAGGAAAACCAAAUUCAGACUUUUUUUUUCCUUGAAGGAAAGUCUUAGCUCUAUAUGUACACAAGGAACUUCAUUGCGUUUGCCUAGCUGGCAAAGGCUUCUUAGCAGACAUUGCAAUGACCAUGUGGAUUCUAAGAGGCAAGUGUGCUCUUUCUGCACACUUUUCUCUAAGCUUUCGGUGGCUCACUUGGUAAGAUGUGAAGAUAAGACAUUGAACUUGAGUCUUACAUGAUUCAGGAUUAAUUAGCUACCAAAAGAUGCUCCAAAAGAUUAAGUGCUCCAAAAGAUUAUUGGUUAUUAGAACAAAAUCUUUUCAAAAAAAUCACAUUAACAUUCUAUUCAGGUCUAUGAACCUCCCUUUAGUAGAACUAUCAGAGGUUAGUAACAUCUUUGUUCAUAGAAAAAGUCUUACACUCUCUCAGAGUACUUUUCAACUUUGUUACUGCCGUGAGCUGAGCUGGAAAUGUUUUAACUUAAUCUCGUAACUACCCAAGGAAACAACUAUAUUCAGGUGUGCUCCUAGUUUUCAUGGAUUCCCCAGUACUGAAUAAGGUAUUCCAUAACAAUCCACUUUCCAGGACUGUCAUGUGGCAUACUUCUCCUAAAUUUAUGACAGGAAUUCAGCUGCUGGAAAUAGUUUUCUAGCCCAAGGAGUCCUUUGGUGUCAUAAAGAGAAAGGCAAAUUCUUUUCCAGAUGAUUUGAAUUCAAAUUUCUGGGGAAAUUUAUCAACAAUACACAUUCCAAAAUGAUUUUGCUCCCUGACUUACGGCUCCGACUGUCCUUCAUGCAACAGAUUUGGGGUUAAAUUAAUGCACAAAUGAUUACCACCCAUCUUCUUGAAGUCAUGGGCAUGAUAGGAUCUUGAAAUCCUGUGAAUGGAGGCAAAAGUGACAGGAUGCUUUUAUGCAUUCCCUUAUCCAGCUGCCACUGUAGCGCUUUCCCCUGAAGCAGAAAUGAGUGUUUCAUUUUUGGACUUAAAUAAUGUAAACUAAAGACUUACAGUUUCAAACAUAGCUAAUGACUGUGGGAACCUUCAGUUUUUGAGAACCCCACUUGAGAUACCAUAAACUUACAGAAAGGGCUGAGAAACAUAGCUUCUGAAAAUUGACUGGUGGUUUUCACUGACAUUAUCGUUCCUUUCUCAUCACAUGUGUGGCAAUGAAUAUACAACCCCCCAUCGUUCUAAUCUUGUCUGAGAAUUAAGUCAAUAACUUUAUGAGGCAUGUGUCACCAGUCCAUGAUUAGAUAACCUGCUGGUCUGUGAUUAUGGUCCAUGCACUAACUAUUAUCAUUUUUGAACUACCAUGUAAUUAGUUUGCAGCUGAAGCAGCUGCAUUAAGUAAUCUAUAUUUCUCUACUGGACUCCAAUGUCUUACUGGGAUCUCAGCUGAAAAAGUGUAUUUCUGAAUGCAGUAUGCUUUUUUUAUCAUAUGAAUGUAACCAUAGAGUUUAUUAGGAAUAAACCAUAACAGAAAUAGUGUACAGUUAUUUAAUUAGAAGACUUUUGUAACAAACCUAUGCAUUUACUAAAGGAAUUUCUAAAAGUGAAAGUUUUAAAUUGCAUUAUUAUUUAUAUACAGUAAAUAUAUGUGUGUGUAUAAACUGCUCCACUCACUAUUUUGUGAAAAUUAAUUAUUUAGAAUGUAAAUGAUCAUCAUUUAUGAGAAGAAAAUUUAAAAGCCAUUUUCUUAAUGAUAUAGUUAAGAGAACUGUGAAAAUACAAAGCAAUACCAUGGAAAUUUUGUAAUCAAUAAACUGAGUAAAUAAAUCAUAAUGAUUCAAUAGUAAAAUUGGCUUUUUAAAAUAAAAUGCUAUUAAUGAAUUAAGUAGAAAAUAAUGCAAGUAUUUACUUGGAAAAAAAAAAGUUUUAAGAUUAGGUUGUAAUAAUGGUUCCUAACGAAUCCUGUGGGACAGUGUCUGAAGACUUCCACCAUGGGUACUAGUAGACUAGUAGCCAUGUUUUUGGAUUUGGACAUUUACCUUUUUAGUAUAAAAUUUAGAAUUCCAUUCUUCACUUUAAAGUGGAACAUGUGGCUACAUACAACACAGUAAAGUAUGUUAUAUAUUCUUUGAUCCUCGGCCCAUGGAAGUCAGUGAUAAAAUUUCUACAAGGCACGGGCCAGCCCUUUAUAGUGAGGCUGGUUAUUAUUCUGUGUGUACAGUCCAGUAAGUGGCAAAAUUUAAGGAACUGAUAGCCUGGAUCUCAUGGUCCUGUGGUUUGCAAGGGCCUCAGCAGGUGGUGGUGGGGCUUCUAAGGUCCUGCCCAGCUACUGACUGGGUGAUUCUCCUCCUAGGGAAAGAGUUACAAAGACAGGAUGGCUCUGCAGAAAGACCAUUUUACAUGAAUAAAACUUUUUUGAGGGUCUUGAACAAGCAGAAUGUAGAAACCAAGAGACAGGAGAAAAUACCCACUGUCAUAUCCAUGCAAUCAUGUUUGCUUUAGUUAUGGUUUGAUUCACUGUGUCUCCUUGUGACACAUUAAAGGAUGGCUUUUAUUUGCAUGUAUUAUACCAAAGUUUUAAUGUCAAGCCUUCAAAUUUUGUAAAAAACAAAAACAAAAAUGAAACAAAAAAAAAAAGCAAAGAAAAAAAUAAAA